CUCCAAGGGAAAUUUCGGAACUGCUAAAGGGAGCCCAUAGCAGACAGAGCUCUCCAGCAUCGCCGCAAAACCUCGACAAUUGUCAAUUGACAACCAACGGCCCCUCCAACCAAACCAUGAUUUGCAGACCGGCUCUGACGAGGGGCAGCCAGCUGGCUCUUCGCCGCCAGGGAGCUGCAAAGCUUGCGCAGCGCGGAUUUGCGGCCGUCGCUUCGCCCAAGGCAUCGUACGAACCGACCUCCAUCGCUGGCGUCAAGGUCGCCUCCCGAGACGACAAUGGGCCAACCACCCGCCUCGCCAUCGUCGCAAAGGCUGGCACCAGAUACGAGCCUCUCCCAGGCUUGACGGUCGGAUUGGAGGAGUACGCUUUCAAGAACACAGAACGACGGUCCGCUCUACGCAUCGUCCGCGAGGCUGAGCUUCUCGGUGGCCAAUUGAGCGCGUACCACACCCGGGAAGCCCUGAUCCUGCAGGCAAAUUUCCUCCGCGAGGACCUCCCGUAUUUCACCGAGCUUCUUGCCGAAGUCAUUUCCAAGACGCGGUAUACCACCCACGAGUUCCAUGAAGAAGUUGAGGACAUUAUCCGCGCGAAGCAGGCCAAGGUCGCUGCUCCCGCCAUUGCCCUCGAUGCCGCCCACUCGGUCGCCUUUCACACCGGUCUCGGCGCCCCCCUCUACCCGACUCCCAGUACUCCUAUCGCUUCAUACCUAAACGAAAGCUCCGUCGCCGCUUUCGCCGAGGCCGUGUACAGCAAAUCCACCAUUGCCGUGAUCGCCGACGGCGCGAGCGAGGCAGGCCUGUCAAAGUGGAUUGAGCCUUUCUUCAAGGAUGUACCCGCCGAAUCCCCGUCACCGCUGAAGGUGACGCCCACCAAGUACUUCGGCGGCGAGCAGCGGAUCCCCCGUAUCGGUCCUAACUCGAUGGUUCUUGCUUUCCCCGGCGCUUCACUCAGCGCCAACCAGCCCGAGACGGCCGUUCUUGUCGGGCUUCUGGGCGGCCAAUCCACCAUCAAGUGGUCGCCGGGCUUUUCGCUCCUGUCCAACGCCACGGCUACCGCCCCUGGCGCGCAGGCCCAGGCCACCAAUUACGCCUACUCUGAUGCCGGCCUCCUGGCCAUCCAGAUCAACGGGCAAGCCGCUGCCGUCCGCAAGGCUGCUGAGGCGGCGGUCAAGGCGCUCAAGGGCGUCGCGGAGGGUGGUGUCUCGCAGGAGAACCUGGUCAAGGCUAUUGCCAAGGCCAAGUUCAACCUGCUGUCGGGUAGCGAGGUCAGCGGCGUGGGUAUCGUGCACGCCGGUGCAAACCUGGUUCACGGCAACCAGCCUAUGCAGGUUACUGAGGCGGUCAAGGCUUUGGAAUCUGUGACGGCGGACAAGCUUAAGGCUGCGGCAAAGACACUAUUAGAUGGCAAGGCAUCGGUUGCGGCGGUUGGUGACUUGCACGUAUUGCCUUUUGCCGAGGAGAUUGGCCUCAAGGUAUAA